CUUCCGGGUAAUUGUCACUUCCGCAAACACUAAUCCCUGAUCAUGCAUAUGACCUGGUGCUGAAAAAAAUAUGGCGGAUGAAGCAAGGGGGGAGUCCCCCUCUCCUGCAGCAGGAUCCGGCUCAAAGCUGGACAACCUGGCCAAGGAUGACCUGCUCAAGUUCGUCAAGAGACAGAUGGUCAACAUACAGAAAAUGAAGCAGAAAAAUGAAGAACUCAGUAAGAAGGUAACAGAGUUUGAACAAUCCAAAUCACAAGAUGAAGGUGGAGGAGGGGAGAGUAUUCAAGGGAGAUUAUCAGAGCUGGAGGGUAUUCAAGGGAAAUUAUUAGAGGUGGAGGCUGAGAGACUAGCUGCGCUGAAACAGUUGGAGGAGAAGACGGACCAGUUUGAAGAUGUGGAGAAACAGUUUGAAGAUGUGGAGAAAGAAAGAACAGAUCUGGUUAACAAACUUGCCGCUGUAACCAAGAAAACCAAGGGUCUUGAGGAGCAGGUUGAGUGUAUGAAGAUGAAGGAUGAGACGAUGACCGGGACGUUGCAUGUCAUCGAGGCAGAGACUGAUAAACUUGAUAAGGAAAACAAGGCUUUAAAAGAACAGGUUGAAGUUUUGACUGGGGCCAGAGACCAGCUGAUGGAGAAGAUACAGACACUUAAACAUGAACAGUCUACAACCUCACAGGGAAAUGAGGAGGCUUUACUUAUGCUCAAUGAGAAAAACCAGGGCCUUCAGGAGAGUGUCCGGGCCCUGGAAAUGGACAAGAAAGGCAUGGAAGAAAAAAUGAAUGAGAUGCAAAAAGAUUCUAAUGAAAAAUAUGAAGAUAUUAUGGGUGAAUUCAAAGACCUUCAAGUCAAAUAUGAAGCAGAGAAGACAGAACAUCAAGACAAGAUUCAGGAGCUAGAAACAGAUAAAACUUUGAUGAUGGAAAAACUUGAAGAAUUGAAGUCAGAAAUGGAGAAAGUAUUGGAAGAGAAGAGAAUCUCAGAAGAAGAAAACAAGAGACUCUUACAGGAGGUGGACAAUGUUAAAGUGGAAUUAGAAGCUAAGAUAUCAGAAAAUGAAUGUGAUGAUAAAAGUAAGAUGAACGAAGUGUUGCUGAAAGUAAACGAAGAAUAUGAGAAAUCCUGCUCUGAGAUCAAGCAACUUAAAGACUUGUUGGAGACAGAGACAAAUAAGAAUUCAAUCCUUCAAACAGUGCUACAAGAGGCUCAAAACCAGGUCAAAGAUCUUGGUGUCAAACAGAAAGAUUUGGAAAAUGAACUGAAAGCUGCACAAGAGAAAUGCAAAGUCUUGGAAUCUUCAGACCAAGCUCAAGAAUUUGAAGCAAAGGAAAAAAGGCUUCAGAGUAUGAUUGAGAAAUUAGAGAAUGAAAUCGAAAGAAAGGAAGAAGAGAUUUUACAGUCUGAGGAAACAAGAGAAAACUUGGUUUAUGAAGUUAAUGAAUUGAAAGAAGAAAAAGAACUUUCUAGGACAGAAAUGCAAGUCCUUCAGGAUAAAAUGAGAGAAUGGGAUCACCUCAUGGUAAUUCUUAAGGAAGAAAAGGACCAUGUUAUUCAAGAACUUGAUGAAGCAGAAAAAGGAGAGGCCAGUUUUAGAAAAGAGAUAGACUUUCUUAUGGUUUCUCUAAAUGAUGCUUUAAAAGAGAGAGACUCUCUGCAGGAUGAGGUAUUUAAGAUGAAUGAGAAAGACGGAUCUAUUGCAGAUGAAGUAAAACAUCUCAAAACUAGGGUUAAAGAAUUGAUUGAUGAAAAAUGCAGACUUGAAGGAGAGCUCAAUGAAGCAUAUUCCUCUAGAGGUGAAACCAGUGUUGAGAUACAGUCUUGGAAAUCAAAAUUAAGUCAGGCGUAUGAAGAUAAGGACUCUGUUGAGAGGGAAAAAGAAUCUAUGACAGUGAUAAUGCAGUUGGCCCAAGAAAAUUCUGAACACUUAAAUGAAGAAAUUGAGGCUAUGAAAAUAGAGUUUGAAAAAGUUAACAACUUGAAGGAAAUGAUCAGUGGUCUUGAAGCAGAAAAGGUAGAAUUUACAGCUAAAAUAGAAAAGCUUCAAAGUGAGAAAGAAAACGUUGAUCUAGUGGUUAAGGAGAAAGAUGAAUACCUGAAAGAGCUUGAAAUGAAAGUGCUUGAUAUGUCAGAAACAUUAGCUAAGACGAAAAGGAUGUAUGAAACCUUGAAAGGUCAAGUAGAAUCACAAGAGGCCUCCGCAACUGAGAUGUUUGAAAACGAGAUUUCGGAACUCAAGCAAACUAUUGAUAAACUAGCAAGUGAAAAAAGUGAAUUGAGAGAAAAAGUGAAGGAAGUUAACAAUGAUGUGGAAAGCAGAGAUGGUAAAAUAAUAGAGCUUCAGGAAGAGUUGGGAAAACAGCAUGAACUGGUUUCCGAGUUACAGAAAGAAACAUCAGCUUUUGAAAGCAUAAGAAAUGACCUGUCUAAACUAAAAGAUGAAAAGGAGAAUAUGCAAGAAUCAAUGGAUAAACUUGAGCAGAGCAAAAUUGAGCUUGAAAAUCAUUUGGAUCAAGAAAGUGCACAUGUAAGUAAUUUGAACGAUCAAAUCAAAGAACUUAUAAGUGAGAAAGAAGAAUUGUCAAAAGCAUUAACAGAUUCACAGUCUUGUCAAAAUGAUAUGUCUGUGGACAUAGAACGAUUACAAAAGGAAGUUGACAGUAAAGCAGCUGAGAUAGGAAAGCUUGUUGAAGAGAAACAAAAACUUGAAGGCACAAUUGCUAAACUGGAGCAAGGAAAAAAUGAAAUAGAAAGCCAUUUGGACCAAGAGAGUUCACAAGUGCAUGGAUUGAAUGAACAAACUAAUGCACUUCUUGUUGAGAAAAAUGAACUGCAAAAGGUUGUAAAUGAACUUCAGCUGGAUCUUGAAGGAAAAGGUAAACAAAUAGCUGAUAUUAGUAAUGAACUUCAGCAGAAAAUGACAGACAUUGAAAAUCUUACUACAGAAAAACAAGAUCUUAAUGAAACUAUUUCAAAACUUGAACAUGGAAGAAGUGAAAUUGAAAAACAUUUAGACCAAGAAAGUGGUCAUGUGCAUAACUUAAAUGAACAAAUCGCAAGCCUGCUCAAUGAUAAAGAGGCUUUGACAAAACAGAUGUUGGAAACCGAUGCAAAUCAAGAAAAGAUAAACAAUGAAUUAGAAACAAAGAAUCAAGAAGUUGAAAACCUUCUUCAAGAAAAGCACAAUUUAUCAGAAACUGUUUCAAAGUUGGAGUUACUUUUGGAUAAGGAAAGUUCGCAUGUUCAUGACUUGAAUGAACAAAUAAAUGAAUUACUUAGUGAAAAGGAGAGUUUAUCAAAAAGGAUAUUAGAUUUAAAAUCAAAUCAAGAAACUAUUGAUUGUGAUACGUCCAAUCUGAGAAGUGCGCUAGAUAGCAAGAUUGAAGAAGUUGAAAAAUUAACGGGUGAAAAAAGCACACUUGAAGAGACUUUAUCUCAUCUUGAAAAUGGCAGAAGUGAACUUGAAAAACAUUUAGAUCAAGAGAGUGCCCAUGUUCAUAAUUUGAAUGAACAAAUUGAAGAAUUGCUCAGUGAAAAACAAGAACUGCAGAAAUCAGUAACAAGUCUUGAAACUUAUCUAAGUUCAUCAAAGGACGAAAUUCAUGUGUUGCAAGAGAAGAUCAUGGAAAUUGAAAAGCAGAUGGAGCAUAAUAAAAUUGAACUUGAAAGUGUUGUUCAUGAAAAUGAAGAGACAAAUGAAAUAAACAGGAAUCUUAAAUCAGAACUAGAGCAUUUGAAAGAUGAAAAAGAUAACAUUGUUAGUGAAGUUGAUAUUAUUAAGGCUGAAAAUGUGAAACUUGUGCAAUCUUCUAGUCAGGUAUCAGCAUUAGAACAGUUAGAGAAGGAUAACCUUAAUGAGAAAAAGGUGCUUCAAGAGAGGAUUGAUGAGUAUGCAGAAAGUAUUGCGAAACUAAGAGAACAUGUAAGUGAGCUUGAAUCCAAGAAUGAAGAAUUAGAAAAUAAGAUUAGUGAAAAGGAAGAGGCUUAUAAGUCUAUGGUGUCAGAAAUGGAAAACAAAUGCACAGAAUUGUCAGACACAAAUGUGAAGUUAGCCAGUGAAUGGAAAGAAAAAUGUGAGUCCCUUGAUGAGAAGUGCAAGGGAUUGGAGGAGAAAUGUAAAGAACUGAGUGAUAAUGGUGAGGAGAAAGGAAAGCUGGUGCAAGAUUUAGAAGACAAAAUCAGAGGUUUAGAAGCAGAGAAGAGUAAAGAAGUGGAAUCCACCCAGAAAUCUGAGAGUCUUGCAUUGAAUAUGGAGAAACUGAGAGAAGAGGUGAAGGCAAAGGAAGGAAUGUGUAAUAAGCUCAAGACAGUGGCUGUCAAAACCAAGAAAGAGUUGGCUGAUCUCAAAAACAAGUUCAGUGCCCAGACAGAGGAGUUGAAGAAACUGCAUGCCCUCAACGUGUCCCUGCAACAACAACUCGAGAAUCAGGCCAAUGACAGUGAAACAGCCUUCCAGAAACAGAUACAGAGCCUUGAAGAGAAACAUGCUGAAGCUCAAAAACAUCUACAGGAAGCAUUGAAAGACAGGGACAGGUUUAAGGAUGACUUUGAAAGGACUAUUGAACAGCUGUCGAAAGCGAAAACGGAGCUUGCUGACCACAUGUCCAAGAUUGAUGAACUGCAAAGUCAAGUUAAGUCUUUGGAGGGGCAUGUUCAAGCCUUGAAGAAACUAGAACAGGAGAGUGAGGCACGCAGGAUUCAGAUUGAGGAACUGAAUAAGGAAAAAGCAGCCCUCGAGCAGCAGGUGAGUGUUGCCAAGGAAACCCAGAGGUCACUGGAGGAGAAGCAUCGAGGGGUCACAGAGGGGCUACAACAGCAGGUAGCAGACAUGCAGAAAAUGCUACAAGAUGCUAAACAGGAGGCCAAGCAGAGCUCUAUGAUGGAUCUUGAGUUUGCUGACUAUGAGCGAACUGUUGAGGCCCUUACCUCUAAGAAUGCAAAGAAGGAUCAGGAAAUUAAGGAGGCCCAGAUAGAGGUUCAACGUUUACAAGAGAGGGCUGACACACUUCAGGCUCAGAUAGCUGAGGUCGAGGGACAGCGUGUCCAGGCUGAUGAGAGAGGCAACAAGCUCAAACAGCUCCUGGUGAAGGCAAAGAAGGAUCUUGCAGAUGCUAAGAAAUCCGAGGGUGAACAGAGGACAGCAGACGCACAGCUGCGUGGGCAGCUGGAGAGCUUGCAGCAGUAUAUUGAGGAACUUAAGGUGCAGAUAGCGUCCAUAUCUGGUGAGAAGCAACGACUUGAUGAGAGACUGCGGUCCAGCUCGGAGGGGAGCCAGAGGACGCUGCGAUCACUGGAGACCAGACUGGCUACCACACAACAGGACCUUGAUCUGGCACGGUCAGAACUGACAACUUGCCAGGCCGAAUAUGAGGGGUAUAAGGUUCGGGUGCAUAAUGUCCUGAAACAGCAGAAGACUAAGGGACCAAAUGAAGCCUCUCUAGAAGAGGAGAAAUUAGCCAGGGAGAGGCUGGAAAAAGCUGUAGAUCAACUUAAGGCUAAGCUGGAAGAAGUCAGUGAGAAGUCCUCUAAUCUACAACGUGAGAAUGAGUUACUGCAAGAAGACCAGGACAGACUGCAAAAGCGACACCACGCCACACUGCAGGACCUUACCGCCAGAGAAGAGGCCCAUAGGCUUAGAGUUGAAGAGCUGACCAGGGAGAAGACUCAGAUGGUGUUGGAGCAGACACAGACAAUCAAGCAGUUGACAGCACAGAAUGAGGAGAUGGCUCACACUUUUAAGGAUCAGUUACGUCAGAUACACGCAGAUCAUGAGAGAGUAGUUGACCAGUUGCAGACUCAGAUUGACUCUCUGGACAGGGAAAACAUCCGCCUACAGAGGGAAAUACAGAACCUAGGCAGAGAAGUGACGCCCUCAAAUAGACCAAGAGUCUCCCCCCGACCCGCAGAGAAGGACAAAUCAGCGACUCCGACCCCCCUGGAAUUUGUACAGGACUUCAGACAUAUUGAGAGACAGGAGGGAGAGGGUUCAGAAAUAGUUGACCCAGAGCCUUUCCACAGAUUACCAGGAGGUCUGGUGAAGCCAACAGCCGGCCCGUUGCCCCUGGACCAACUCCUUACCCAGGACAUGGACGACAAUGCCAGCAUAGCAAGCUCCCAGGUAGAUGUGGAUGCCUUACAGGAGAGACUUGUGAAAGAACAGAAGAAGAAUGAGCAUCUCACAGAGAUAAUGAAUGAGAGCGAGGCCCAGGCAAUGAGACUGACUGAGCAGGCGAAGAUCUUGAAGGAGGAGAUACGACGUCUGGAACGUAACACUCAGCGGGAACAGGAAACUCAGAACCUCGAGUACCUCAAGAAUAUACUCGUGAAGUUUUUGAGCCUGAAGGUUGGCGAUGAGAGGAACCAGUUAAUACCGGUUCUUACCACCAUGUUGAAACUGAGCCCGGAGGAGAAACAGAUGCUUACACAAGUGGCACAGGGUGAAGAGACGGAGCCUAUUCAGCCUGGUGGCUGGGGGGCUUAUCUACACCGCUGGUCUGGGCUCACAUAGGGGCUCAACCACCGGGUGGAUGGGGGGCUUAUCUACACCGCUGGUCUGGGCUCACAUAGGGGCUCAACCAUCGGGUGGAUGGGGGGCUUAUCUACACCGCUGGUCUGGGCUCACAUAGGGGCUCAACCACCGGAUGGAUGGGGGGCUUAUCUUCACCGCUGGUCUGGGCUCACAUAGGGGCUCAACCACCGGGUGGAUGGGGGGCUUAUCUACACCGCUGGUCUGGGCUCACAUAGGGGCACAACCUACAAAGCUGGUUUGGGCUCACAUAGGGGCUCAACCACAGAGCCGAUGGGGGGGCUUAUCUACAAAGCUGGUUUGGGCUAACAUAGUGCACCUAGGUCACUUCAAUAAUGGUCCAGGCCCACAUUAGGAUUCAGACAUAAAGUAGUGAAAUGUGAAUGCCAGCAGGACUCAUUUAUUUUAUAUUAGUAAAUUUCUUCAUUGAAUUUUGACUUUUCUUGUUGAUCGCCUUGCAUUCAUCGCCAUUUUAAAAAAAGUGGAUGUGUCUGAUGUAAUAGUGAAAUAUUGGGAUUAGGAGUCUUAGACAUGUGCUAUGGUGUACAGUAUAUAAAUGUGGCCUAUCUGUAUAAGAUAAUUAUGUAUAUAUAGUUAAUUAGUUAUAUACCUUCACAUAGAUAUAUAGGGGGACAGCAAUUUGUGGUCAUAACUCUUAUGAUGACAGGGAAAAUAUAUCGCAAAGAAACAUACUGUUUACAUGUAUACUUCUGGUUUGACAAAAGAUGCAUUGCUCUUAUGUUGAUUAAUAGCCUGAAUGUUAUUCAUAAUUUUUAGGGAUUUUGAUUAUUGUGUUAUUUGCUCUCAAACGAACAUGUUAUUACAUUGUAUUUUAUCAAGAAUAAUUAUGCAAAUACAUUUCAGAAGAAUUUGUCGAAAGGUAACAUUUGAAAGAGCUAGUAACAUGUAAAAUUUGUACCAAUUGUAAUUUAUUAUACAUAAACGCAAUGGCUUGAUGAAAUUUAUAUUUGUUCGAUUUCUUUCAGAGCAAAAGUGUCACAUAUCUUUUCAUGUGUGUCUGUUCUCUUGACAAUUCCUGUAAACUGUAUUUUUGACGAUCGCAUACUUAACAAGAAACAUAUUAACCAGCAAAAAGUUACAGUGCAUGUUAAGCUAAAUUAUUUGGGUAUUGAGUGGUCAUUUAUCAUUUCUGCUGUAUCGUUGAAUUCUUUAAACAUCUGUGAUUAAGACUGUGAUAUUGAAUGCUCUGUUAUGUCUUUAAAGUUUAAUUAUCAUUCUUUGAUUUUACAUGAAAAUGUUAUGGUUCUUGUUAAAUGGUUUUGUUACUGAAACUAAAGUAUUUUAUUUCCUUCUUGAAUUAAUUUACCAAAACUUGUGCUGGUAUUUAAUACUUGGUUGUGUUUUUGCCACAUGUAUGCCAUGUUUUACCAUCCUUUCCUUCAAGAUGUUGUGAUCUAUCAUGCAGUGUUGCUCCUUGAUACACAUCAUGUCGAUGCACAUGUAACAUGAUAUCUUGUUUGAUGUCUUCUAUUUAAAGGGACUCUAUCACAUUUCAUUUGGUCAGACAGUGGAAAUAGUAUAAAAAGAUGUUUGUUGUGUGUACAUAUAAACUGUUUGUAACAAUAACUAUUGUUAAUGCAGUGCUCCAGCUAGGCAUAAUAUAGCAGGGUUGGGCACUCCACUGCCCUUUUCCAGGACCUUGCUGCCUUUUUACUACACCCCUUUGUGCUAUUUUGUUUGACAGCUGAUUAUCAGAAAUAGGUAACUAUACAGAUAAUAAAUAUAUAUAAUUUUGUCACUUGUGAAAAGAUAACAGCUUUAUAUGUCUUCUUUGCUUAGGCAAUAAGAAUUGAACAUUAGCCUUGCUAGGGCCCCAUAAAGGCUCAUUAAAUGCACUUUCUGACCAAGACCCUGCCUUUCAAAUCCUAGUUGGAGCACUGUAAGUGGUGUUGAGAAGUUCACAUAAGGUUUCUUAUCUUUUGAAGAUAUAAAUAAUGCUGAAUCUACUUCAUUUUGCUGAAAAGGGCUCAAACUGAAAUAGACUACUUGCAAAUGUGUUAUUUAUCAAUCUAUAAAUGUCACUUUUUCAGUAUGUUCACAUCAAAUAAUGUUAUGUUUUUAUUGCAUGUUUAGGGACAUUUGGAGCCUUGUUGACUCUGCAGUGGAAUUAUUUGUUGGGCUUUGUUACAUUCCUGUGAAAAUGUAUUAAAAUUCCGGAAAUAUA